AUGGGUGGUAACGAUUUUUCUCCAGGCGCUCAUCUAGGUUACUCAAAUCUUCCCAGUCGGACCCUAAAGACAUCUACUCAACUGAACACACGUUGGAAUCCAUUGUUUCUCCGACGUUGGGUUCUUGUUGCCUUCGCCAUCUUCUUUGCUGCUGUUAUUGCCGCUCUUCAAAUUCUGUACAGUGUGUCUAGUCAGAAUGAUGGGGUUGCCACAAGCGACAGCAACAAACACUACUUGUGGACAUACGGGCCGACGGCAGUCUUCGUCUUGACCACAGUCCUUUGGCGACAGGUUGACUAUGCUGCCAAAUCGAUUCAGCCAUGGGCAGAAAUGGCCCAAAAGCCUCAGCCAGCCCAAAACAGCUUACUGCUCGACUACGUCACCCCCUUCCAGGUUGUGGCGCUCUGGAAAUCGUUGUGCCGGCGACAUUUCACCGUGUCGUGUACCAUCGUGGUCUUCUUUCUCCUCAAGGUGGCGACAAUUCUAUCAACCGGUAUCUUCAGUCUGUCGUCCGUACAGCGCGAUGACGUCGCGGUUACUAUGAGGCUGAACAACACGUUCGAUGGCUUAACCUUCAACCACGGGGCGUCUGUGGACUCACGAGCAGCGUAUAUUGUCUACGGAAAUCAACAAUAUAAUGUUAGCCUGCCGGCCGGUACCACGACGUCUUUUGCGGCGCAAAGCUUUACCCCUUCGACUGGACUCGUCAACGGCAGCUUGUCGUACACCGCUUUGGUUGACGUUUUCAGUGCCAGCCUCCAAGAUUGCCAAUCCGGCACAAUCGCCUACAACAUCUCAUUUGACAGGACCCAACAAACACCCAUUUCCUCCUACUACAACAGCACCAUUUCCCUUCCCGGGUGCGAAGUCACCAACGCAAAACUCAAUGCGCCGAACUGGUACUACAUGCAAAAUCAAACCACUCACAAUUUUGGUUAUCGAGGGUCUCUGCAAAAUGUAUCAUGUUCCAAUCUCCCUGAAAACGACCCUACACGGAGCCGAUACAUGAUCUCUGUGGCGUACUCGGAAGGAUUCUCGCAGAAUAAUUUCACCAUGUUGAACUCGUCGAAUGUCGUUUGCCUCCCGUCUUACUCGAUUCAAAAGGCAGUAGUGACGCUGGACACCUCCGGGAACGUCGAGGCCGUCAAUCUGACUGGAGAUGGCCACCUCCUUCCCGACGUGACAGUAGAUGACAUUGCUCGCGGGGUCUUGAGCACAUUGGAGCAAGCUAGCUCGAUUAUGGAAGGUUUUUCCAGCACCAUAGCCCUAGAUACAUUUCUCACUCUGAUGCGGGAUGCGACACCGGAUUUUGACACGCAACAGCUCCUCGACCCAGACUACCUGAACCGGACUGGCAGCACCGUAUUCGGAUUUGUGGCGGCGCAAUUAGCAAACAUAUAUUUGCUGGCUCCGAGUGCGACCGCUUCCGACACAGAGGUCCGAGGGACCCUCAGCCGAAAUGUGAACAGACUGUUCGCUUCCAACAACCCCAUCAGAGGGAUGCAGGGUGUCAUGGCCGCCAUACUUCUGCUAGCCCUGAUUAUACUCUUCAUUUCUCCAAGAGGGGUGGUCCCGAGGUCAGUGGAUUCCAUCGCAGCGAUUGCGGCCAUCCUUUCCCGGAGUCCAGCUCUCGAACACCGACUACGUGGCACAGGACAUAUGGGCCUUGGAGAGAUCGAGACCAUUCUUGACCCCUGCAGGUUCAUGACCUCGAUGCGACGCCACGGAGACUCACGAGUUUUCGAGAUACAAGUGCUCUCGCCCGAUGGGUCUGAGGUGCACACCGUGUCCAGAAAAGACGGUGUCCUCGGUUCGGUCAAUUGGACUCGACCGUUUGUGCUGCGCAGAUUAGCCAUCGCCUUUACCAUAUUUGCGUCCAUAGCCGUCAUCAUCACCCUAGAAGUGUUACUGUCAGUGUCGCAGAGGAAUCACGGGCUUGGAACCGUUCAAAGGCUGGAUGCGGCAAUGAGAUACAGCUGGCUUUAUGUACCUGUCAUGGUGUUUUUGUUUUUGGGGACCCUAUUCAAUCUCAUGGACUUUGAGAUCGAGUUUUCCGAGUCAUAUCAUGCUCUCACGAAAGGUGACUGCAACGCCGGUUCAAGCAUGUUUUGGAAUCCUCUCCGACACAUCUCGUUGUAUGCGACAUGGAAUGGCCUCAAACAUAGCCGGUUUGCACUGACGGCAGCAUCAUCAUCGGCGGUCCUGGCCCCGUUUUUGACAGUCGUUGUCGCAGGAUUGUUCUCGACCAAUGCAACGGACUAUGGCACGUCUAUCAAUGCCACGGCGCUCAACUGGUUCAACACAACCCCUUACCAAAGCCCCUCUACUAACAUUCCGGCGCUGAUUAUCGAAGGUAACAUGUCGUAUCCUCAAUGGACGUACAGUGAGCUAGCGUUUCCCCAAGUCCAGCUUGACGAUCAGAAAGUGAUCAGUACGCCGGAGAAUGGGGGAUCAUUAUCCAUCGAGUUGCCCGCGCUUAGGGGCGCUGUGAGCUGCGACGUGGUUCCCGACAGCCGCAUCCUACAGACCCAGAUACAGGGUAACUAUCUCGCGAGUAAUAUCUCCACCCCAGACGGCUGUGGAAACAUGGGCUGGAUUGAUCAACCGGAACUUUUCUUGACCAACAACAUCCAGAUUCCAGUCAAUUCAUCUGGGUACUUUGGCCAAACUCUGACGCUGGGUAAUCCUUCAUGCCCGUCACUGGCCUUGUACUUCGGCCACGUGAAUAGCGGCGAGGUGGACCACUUUGCGGCGGUAUUGUGCAGCAUGUCCUUGGACCGUGUGCAGGCAAACGUAACACUAGAUCUUCCAGGUCUGUCUAUUUCGACGGACCCUACCGUUGGACCGGACUCCGCCGUACACUUUUCCAGCUGGUACAUGACGUGGCCCACUCUCCAGAUACUGAAUGUCACUUCUACGACGGAUGAAUUGGACACAACAUUUACAGCCAUGGUAUAUGGUCGUGAUGGAGUUCCGACGCACGAACUCUUGAACAACGACAAACUGAUCGACACGUAUACCCAUUUCUACCGGCAAUACACCGCCCAAUUGGCCAGCAUCUACCUCCGAUCAGACUUUUCCACCCUGUCUGACAACGCGACAGAAACCGUCGACAACCCUCUCUCGGCAACCUAUGUCAACCCCAAUCACUACCGACUGAUGCAGUCGAACAUAUCCACACAGAUUCUAGUCGGCGUAGUUUCGGCUCUUCUCGCCUGUGCACUCAUAAUCCUCCUUACCAUUGACAUGCGAAACGUCCUGCCGAAACCUAUGGGAAGUGUGGCCGCGGUAGCCAGUCUACUGGCGGGCAGUCGAAUUGUCGACCCGGAUUCCGGAUUGAUCCCCGAGGGAGCCGAGUUUUGGAGCGACGAGCAGUGGCAAAAGAAUGGUAUCUGGCAAGGGGAGAUGUUCCGGAUGGGCUGGUGGGACAAGUUCCAACAACCGUGCAAGACGUGGCACGGUCAGCUAGAUGAGAGCGAGCACGCCUACUUGGCCAUUAGUGGGAAGGAAUCUUCUCCUCUAUCCGAAAUCAACGGUGGUCAGGUGUUGCCCGAGUCUCAUCUCUCAUUCCGAAUCGAUGCUCGUCCGAGAGUUGUGUCGUGA